CCAGACGCCUGCACACGCGCCCCUUCCUGCGCCCUUCUUGUGCCCCUGACAAAAAUGUGAAACGCAAUCCUAGCCCCUUGUAACAAACAGCAGUUAUUUUAAAACUUCAAACUCCGCCACCUCGAGACGACCAUGGCAGGAGUAACGACGCUAAGAUCGACCAAACCCAACUGACGGAUCUCUGCUUUAAUUUAGGAAUAAAACUAAAACGAUCUCCCGCCUCCUUGCGCUGAGUCUCAUCCAGGUUCAGUUGUUUGUUGUUCUCCUCCUGGUCGCGCGUCUCCAAUGUCUAUAGCGGUAGUUCUCCCCGGCUCGUGUUACCCUGUAACUAGACUUUCUUUGGGUUCUCAGUUGGCAGACUCGUCGUUCAGGAGCCGCCCGCCCCGCUGUAUAUCUAGCUCUCGCAUGCCUGGUUCUCAGUCGGAGCUGCUACCAGCGCUUCUCCCCGGCCGCCCACUGCUCUCCCUCGGAUUACUGCAGCUGGUUCUCGGCUGCUCCAUGGUCGCGCUCUCCUUCUCAGCUCUCUCUCUCAGCAGCUCGCCACCCAUCCGAAACUCAUGCCCUUUCUGGGUCGGAUCUUCAGUGAUCCUGUCAGGGAUCAUUGGCCUCACAACAUGGAGGAGACCCAUGCUGCUGCUGGUGAAUAUGUUUGUGCUGUCGUCAGUGGUGUGUGUUCUUCUCAACCUGGCCAGCUUCAUCCUCUGCUGUCAAGGAGCUCAGCUGGUCUCCACCAUAACCAACUGUCAACUGAGUGAGUUGGGAGAUGUGUGUAACUGCUGUCCUCAGACCCCCACUGCCAAGUGUCCUGAGGAAAAACUACUCAAACUCUACCCUGGACACUCCUGUAGUACCAUGAGGGUCCUGGUCAAGAAGGUUCUGUUUGCGCUAUGUGCUCUGAAUGCUCUGACCACUGCAGUGUGUCUGGUGGCUGCUGCCCUCCGAUACCUACAGGUCUUCACCACCAGAAGACCAUGUAUGGAUGAUCCCAGGCCAAUUGCAGAGGAGGUGGAGGAGCCAACUAUUAUCCCUGACCCGGAUGACUUUGUCCCCCCUGCCCCUCCCCCCUCCUACUUUUCAACAUUCUACUCCUACACACCACGGCUGGCUCGCAGGAUGUUUGGGGACAGUGUGAUACCACUACCUCAUAUCUAUGGUACCAGGAUUAAAGGAGUAGAGGUGUUCUGUCCUUUAGACCCACCCCCUCCCUACGAAGCUGUUACUGGAGGCUCCGCCCUGGCCACUGUAACACAGGAGACAGAGAUUCAGAUUCCCGUGACGGAUCUCACAGAAGAGUUGAAUAACAGCUCAGAGGCGGGUACUUCAAUUAGAGACGUUGGUCCCCAGACGACGGUUGUUGCAGUGCCCACGUCUCCGCCGUCUUACCCCUCUCCCCCAUCACCCCCCCUGCUCCAGGCCAGACCUCCCCAGGGUGCCCCGGUGCCCCCCGUCAGGAGGUCUCAGCGCCAGAGGAUCAUGCGCUCCUACAGUGACCCUGUACUAUUGGACCUGGCUGCCAAAGUAUUAAGUUGUGAGGCGGCCACGCAGACCACCCAGACUUCCCAGUCUGCACUGGCCGCCCAGUCCUCUCGGACCCAGACAGUGACCCUCCGGCAGGGAGGUAGAGGCCCUCGGCGGUCCCGGCCCUCCUCCAUGGUGGACUACCAGAGCUACAGACACACCCAGCAGCUGGUCAGUAGGUUCCUGGAGCAGCCGGCCCACUGCAGUCUGACCCCCGAGGUCCAGGAACUGGUGGACAGCAUCCGCAGCGUGCUGCGCUCUGACCAGAAACAAAUGGAGGAGGCCGUACGCUGUGCCAGCUACAUAGAACAGGUGAUCACAGUAUCAGAGAGAGCAGCUAUCCUCCAGCCCCUCUCCCUCCCCAGGCCCCGCUCCAGACCCAGUGCCCCCCUGUUGAACUGUUCCUCCCAGACCCUGCCCCAGCCCCUCCGGAAGAGACCCGGGCUGCUGCACCUCGGGAGCUGUGGGGACCUCAGCACCUUCACCUGGGCGGAACAGCAGCCGCUAGAGGACAGGCAGGGUGCUGGCUCUGGCUCCAGGUCCUGGUCUAGAGCUGGGUCUAGAGCGGGUUCUAGGGUGGGUUCUAGGUCGACGUCACAGGCGGGGUCACGCCUGGAUCAUCCUGAGCGCCCCCACAGUCUCGUAGAAACUGUGCUCUGAUGGAACUCUGUUAUCCCAUCUCAAAACCUCCCUAGCGAAGACAUAAUGGUAUGGUCCACUGGGGGAAAACAGCCCAUUGACUCCAAGUGAAGUGCUACUAGUUGUGAGGUUUGGGACUGCCACUGCGAAAGCUAGUGGAGAAAAGUCCCACAGACUGCAAGGAUUAGCCUUUGGAAAGGCUGCAUGGGAGUGUGUGGUUGUGUGCCUAAGUUGUGUCUGUAUGUGUUUUUUUUUUGUUUGUGCUGUGCUAAUAUUGUUGAAGUUUACCGGUAUAUGUUCAGUAUAGAUGUUGUUUGCAUCGUGAGAGAUGAUCUGGGCCACCUUAUACUGAGCCAUAGAAUCAAAGGUUUCAAAAUGGUUUCCAAAUAUUUCCCAUUAACAAUUCUCUGCUACAACCUGUUCUGAAAUGAUUGGCACUGAACAUAUGGCUAGACAGCAAGCAUGUGCACAGAUAGGAGUGUACCUGUGUCAAGCACCUGCCCCUUUGCCCUCCCACUCGCCAAGUCCCAUUUUGGGUGGCGGUAUACUUGUUUUUUUGUAUACAGUUUUUGACAUUGUUGUUCUGAACCCACUGCCCGCAGGUCAUCGUUAAGUUCGCCACCCCCACCCCGUCUGUUGAUUGCGCCUGUUGGUCUGCCUUGUACGGAGCUUGGGCACGCCCGGGUUGUGCCUGUUUCCCAGUCUGCCCUGCCACUUGAUUUACAUAAUCAUCAGUAUUCGGUCUGGUUGGCUGAUACGUGCAGCAGCAAUACAGGUAGUCUGUUGCUAACCACCAUAUACUAAAAUAUCCACACGUCACUAACCAGCCAUAUACUGUAUCAUGAGUUAGACGAUUGUGAAUAUUCUAUUAUGAAGUUAUUUAAGAGCAUUUAUUGAUCACAAUCAGUAAAAAAUAAAUCAAGCUUGCUAACUAGCAGUUUAACGUCAAUCAUCAACGAUCAGCUGUAUCCUCACCCUAUUUUCCCGUAGUCAAUCAUGUAUUUUUCUGAUUGGUGUGUUGUUGCAGAAAUAAAUAGGCUUAUGCUAAAAAAAAAAGUUUAUGAAAGUCAUUUUUCUUCAAAGGUCAAUGCACGGACCUGCUAGACAGCAAUUUUGCCCUGAACAAUAAGAGCUAGAUUCAAUCCAAUCGCCCCUUUUCGGCAAUGCAUCUUUCAAAGGCAAUGUUUCCACAUUUGCGGUAAAUGCUAUACAUGUCUGCUCAAUCGAAAAUUACCUUCAAAUGUCAAUCGCGAUUGAAUUUAGGCCUAACUUCAAGGAGAACUGCAUGUGAAAGUCUAUGGAAGGAAGAGUCUCUCAUGCAAUACAAGAGUGUUUAGUCUUGGGAUGCUAAAUUUAGCUUCAAUUCAUUAAAUCAAACUGCAUCAUUUAGACUGGGAUUUAACCCAAUGCGCAUUAUAGAGCAGUGCACCGGACUGCGACAAUGUGCCUUUUAAAGGCAAUGUCCCUAACGUUUCGCUGAGAUGCCAUUCAUGGUAAAUGCUGCGGAUGUUCCCAGGCUUAGUUACCUUUAAAAGGCACAUUGUUGGCUGUCCAGUGCAUUGCUCUAUAACACGCCUUGGAUUGAAUCCUGGCCUUUAAAGGCAACAAAAAGUGGUCUGUGUGGUCCGGUGGUUACAGCCGCUGACCCCGGCACACAUGUAUGCCAGUCUGCAUGGGUUUGAAUCGGGCCCACUGCCAUUUGACUCACCCUUCUCCAUCUUCCACACUGUAGUACCUCUUCAAUAAAGCAACAGAAAAAAAGGAGUGGGACUCCCGCACUCUUUAAAAAAGAAAGCGACAACA